GCUAAUUAUGCUCUUUGUUCGUCUGCACAAUCUCUUCUGUUCGUUCCUAAAGUCAACUGCUCUACACUUGGGGAUCGGGCCUUUGCUCAUGCUGCACCAGUUUUAUGGAACUCGCUGCCAUUAACUAUAAGAACAAGUAGUAGCCUCGCCAUUUUUAAAAAGCAAAUUAAAACAUUUCUUUCUAACAAAGCUUUUAAUUUGUUGGAAUAGUUCUAAUGUUUAAUUUUAAUUUAGUUUGGAAUUUUCGAAUUUCAUUUUUUUUUAGAUUUUACCAUAGCAUAACAUAUUAUUGUUAUUAUUAUAGCUUGCAGGGAUUUUUAAAUUUUUAUUUAUUAUUUAUUCAUUAAUUUUAACUUAAUGUAAAGCGCUUUUGAAUGUUCUUCUAUAGUUUUAGCGCAAUACAAAUCCAUUAUCAUUAGCAUUAUAGAUCAUUAACCGAUUAGAGAGAUCUAUUUAAUAGUGUUAUUGAAAGUCCUGACAAAGCAGAUUAUUUGAAUUUGAGUACAAUUGAACCUAGGUUUAAUAAUACAAAGCAAACUGGUGUUUCUUUUCAGAAAGCUUCGUCAAAAGGUUUCUCAAUAUUUCACUGUAAUAUUCGUAGCUUGCCUAAAAUUUAACUCUUCUUAAUGAUCUAUUACUAACGGUAAAGGAAUUGCCUAGUAUUAUAGCAGUCACUGAAGCCAAAUUAGUCGAAAACAAUCCCUACAAUAUAUCCAUACAAGGAUAUAAUUUUGUAAACAAGGUUUCAAAAACAAAACUGGAGGAGCUGGGUUGUACGUAGAAGAUAAAUUAUAAUUUACUAGAAGGUCAGACUUAGAUGUAAUAUUAGAGGUCCUUGAAACUUGUUUAAUAGAACUACAUAGAGCGAAGUUUAAAAACGUCUUUAUUGGAUGUGUUUACAGGCACUCUUCUAAUGACCGGGAAAAGUUUCACGAAGUAUUAAGACAGAAACUAGAAUAUCUAAACAUUAAAGGCUACGAGAUUUACAUUAUAGGUGAUAUAAAUAUCAACUUUUUCAACUACAACAAUGAUGAACAAACUUCUGAAUUUCUUCACAUGCUUUUAGAUCUUGGGUACUUGCCAAUUAUCACUAAGGCUAAUAGAAUUACAGACUACAGCGCAGCCCUCAUUGAUCGCAGUUACAUAAACUUCCCC